AUGUCUCAAAUUCCAUUAAACACAAAGACGGACGCAAAACCGGCAAAAAAACCUGCAUUCCAUGUCAUUGUUUUGGGCCCCACGGGUGGACCCCGUGAAGAUAGCGUCACCGGCAUUCUGGUCCGCUCGACUGCAACAAACUGGGCCCCGGAAUCCGUCGUCGCUGUUGAUGCAGGUACCCUCUUGGCAGGGAUUAUCCGAUUACUGGAGCGGUAUAUGCCUGAUUGCACGAAUGACGAGGGUGUCAUGACAAAUGGGCCCUUUCAGGGGCUCGAGUUGCCCAACAAAACACCACAGGCAAACGGAGCCCAUGUGUUUCGUGAACUCAUUGGUAAUGUGCUAAUCACACAUCCUCAUCUUGAUCAUAUUGCCGGUCUUGCAAUCAACACUCCGAUUUUAGAGGCGGGAAAUGGCCCUAAAUCGGUGGCCGCGCUUCCCUCGGUGCUGUCCGCCAUCAAAAACCAUAUGUUCAACGACAUAAUUUGGCCGAAUCUGUCGGACGAAGAUGGUGGAGCUGGUUUACUCACGUAUCAGCGUUUAGUGGAGGGUGGAAAUCCUCGCUUUGGCCGGGGCGACAGCCGAGGCUAUGUUAGAGCCUGCACUGGGCUAUUGACCAAAUGUCUCAGCGUCAGUCACGGCCGAUGCAAGCAGCGAUAUCACCCCGAGAGUGGAACGCAUCACCGCAUAGGAAGUACCGUUUUUGCCGAGCAUCAAUUGAUGCUUCCUUCCAGAGCAAUCUCGGUAGAUCACACCGAUGGCAGUUUCUAUUCGCCCGCUCGCUCCCCGCGCCUCUUUCCAUCUACCAACAAGGAGCCAGUGAUGGCAACAGUCGAAAGUUCAGCUUUCUUCCUGCGCGACCACCGCACUGGCGAUGAGAUCAUUGUCUUCGGCGAUGUCGAGCCAGACUCGGUCGCACAGGAAGGGCACAAUAAGCUAGUAUGGGAAGCCGCCGCACCAAAGAUAGCCAACGGCAAGCUACGAGCAAUCUUCAUCGAAUGUUCCUACAAUGACAGCAUCGACGACAAGUACUUGUAUGGCCAUAUGUGCCCACGGCACCUUGUCGCCGAGCUCAGCGUGCUAGCAACCAAAGUCAUGAAUGUGCGCAAUGGCAACUUUGGCGAGAAAAAGCGCAAGCGCGAUUCUAUCUUCCCAGUCGAGGCUGGUAGUGAGCAAGUGAGUCCGCGAUCGAAGCGAACCCAAAGCACAUCUGGCGACAGACUUGAGCCUCGGUCGCACCCGGCCGACUACUUUGAAAUACCGCAAAUACCCAAAGUUGGCGGUCCGGACUUUGGAGACGGUGGUGAUCAUGCUGAUGUUCUGGAGUCGCCGGAUCCUGAGUCUUGGGUUGAUACUAAGCCUCUUCCUUUGGAGGGGUUGAAGGUUUAUAUCAUUCAUAUCAAGGAACAUCUUACCGAUGGCCCUCCGCCAGGAGAACAGAUCCUAGAGGAACUCAAGGAGCAUGGCGAAAGGGUGCAUCUGGGAUGUGAAUUCUUUAUUCCGAGUCCCGUGGAGGGAAUAUGGAUAUGA